GAGACACAAACACUCAAGCUCGACGCACGGCUCGUCAGUGAGGACGACAGAAGAACGCGCUUUCGACGCAUUUCGCCGUGUUUGGAGCUCGGGAGCUGAUCCCGAGACGUAUCGCGAGUCUUCGAGCCCGGUAGUGUGCUGACUGGACGUCGGUUUACCCGUUGUCAAGCGACUUCUUACCGUAUUGCUUACUGGUGUCGUGUACAACAUGCUCCCGUCCCAGGCACCAACGGAAUUCUGUGACGAAAGUCAAGGGAACCAAUGUCCUCAAGACGUAAGCGCAGGGGGAUGGUCGACUUACCUCGGCGGCUACUACGGGGCGAUGGCGGCCUCCGGUGUGGCUGGAUUAGUUAUGAGCUACGUAUGCUCCGGCGCGAAUCCUGUGAUUCCGCCGAUUUCCCAGGACAACCAAUCACGCGAGAUGGUUGGGAUCGGCGAGAAAGUGCGAACUUCGCGUUUGCUCCCGCCCGGAAAGUUCAUGGAAUACCUUUACGAAGAUGCCCAGACACUCUUCGAUGCCAUGUACCGAGGAGCUCGCGUCAGCAAUAACGGCCGAUGCAUGGCUUGGCGGGAGCCGGGAGCUAAAGAAUAUUCGUACAUUCACUACAACCAGGCACUGGGAAGAAUCCGGAAUUUCGCCUGCGGCCAAGCGGCUCUGGGCGCGGCGCCAGGCCAGAAAACUUUCAUCGGUGUUUUCAUGCAGAACUGCGUUGAAGCAAUCGUCGCUGAGCAAGCUUGUUAUUAUUUCUCACAGAUUAUCGUUUCGCUAUACGACACACUCGGUAGAGAAGCUCUAUGCUUCAUCAUUAAUCAAGCAUCCAUUGAAGUAGUUGUCUGCGAUACACCCGAAAAGAUCGGGGUGCUCCUCAAAGAGAAGGUGAAUUGUCCUCGACUUCGACGCAUCGUUCACACGAAAGAGAUUCCCGAUGACGAUAUACGAAAGCAGGCCAAGGCUCUGGGAGUGGAACUGAUCGCUUUCACUGAGGUCGAGAAGCUAGGUGAGAAGAACUUCCGACAUCCGCUGCCUCCGACUCGGAAUGAGCUAGCGACCGUCUGCUACACUUCCGGCACGACGGGGAAUCCAAAAGGCGUGAUGCUCUCCCAUAAGAAUAUCGUGGCGUGCCUGUCUUCCGUCUGUCUUCAAUUGGGGGAAUUCGCGCCGAACAAGACCGAUGUCAUGAUUUCAUUCCUGCCGCUGGCACACAUGUUGGAACGCUGCUGUGAAAUGGCGCUCUACAUGGGGGGAGGCUGCGUCGGAUUCUUCAGCGGCGACAUCCGUGGACUAGCGGAUGAUAUGCGAGCUUUGAAACCGACCAUUUCACCGACGGUCCCUCGCUUGUUGAAUCGAGUUCACGAUCAAGUCGAACUGGUCGCCAAGAGUAGCAUUUGGAAACGAGCUAUACUCGCGCUGGCUCUCAAGAGCAAGGAGUCGGAAAUGAGGAAAUUCGUCAUUCGGAAGAACUCCAUCUGGGAUCGACUUGUUUUCAAGACGGUCCAAGAAAGUUUCGGUGGUCGAUUGCGUCUCAUGGUCGUCGGAUCGGCCCCACUCGCAACGAACGUCAUCGACCUCGUCCGCUGUGCUCUCGGCGCCGUCAUUGUCGAGGGCUAUGGUCAGACAGAAUGCACAGCUCCGUGCACCCUCACAUUCCCUGGCGACUAUGAAGCAGGCCACGUUGGCCCGCCGAUAGCUGCGUGUGCCAUCAAACUCGUUGAUGUCGCCGAAAUGGAAUACUACGCCUGCAAUGGCGAGGGCGAGAUAUGCGUCAAAGGCACCACCGUGUUCCACGGCUAUCUGAAUGAUCAAAAAAUGACAGAGGAAGUCCUCGACCAAAACGGCUGGCUCCAUACCGGGGAUAUCGGAAAAUGGAUGGAGAACGGCACUCUUAAGAUCAUCGAUAGGAAGAAGCAUAUCUUCAAGCUCUCGCAGGGCGAGUACAUCGCUCCCGAAAAACUCGAGAACAUCUUCAUUCGGUCGCCUUUCGUUGCGCAAAUUUUCGUUCAUGGGGAAAGUCUCAAGUCAUGUCUCGUCGGAAUCCUUAUUCCCGAGGAACAAUACUUGUUGUCGUGGGCUGCCGAAAACCGAAUCUCUGGAACCUUCAGUGAGCUCUGCCAGAAUCGGGUCGUCAAGAAAUCCAUACUCGAUGAACUCGCUUCUCUAGGCAAAAAAUCUGGCCUGAAGAGCUUCGAGCUGUUGAAAGACAUCGAAUGCCAUGAUGAAUUGUUCAGUGUGGAAAACGGCCUACUCACGCCUACGCUGAAAACCAAGCGGCCGGAGUGCCGCAAGGCAUUCGCUCGACAACUCUCGGAGAUGUACAAGACACUUCAAUAAUGAGUGACGCUCGUAGAUUUCUCAACAAUAAAGUAAUAUACUGCGGCUAGCUGUUUCAGUGGCGGUCGAACCAUCAAGAGACCGCCUCUCCAUAGCGAUUGACGAUUCAACGGUGAUAAGGCAACGACGAUUUCACGUUGAUAAGAGAUAAGGCACCGACGAUCUCGGAAGGCCCUGGUCCUAGAGCCACGUACGGGGGAGGAACUCGGAAAACUCGCCGAAUUGACGAGAAUCUACCAUAGGAUCCCUAGGACUGUCCACACAUCUGACGACGAAUCUAGCCUCAAAGUCUUCGAGGGCGUCGCUUUCGGAACGGAACAACACUGAAAUUCGCCCUAUGCCUCUCGCGACCGCGAAGCAACGGAUUCGGAGGAAUAAACCAGAGAUUUGCGCUGUCAGA